AUGACGAUUCCCGACGAUAUCCUCGCUGCAAAGGCAGCGCGGAGAAUUCCCGGCGAUGUCUCCCUGUCGUACCUUGCUCAGUCGCGCGAUCAUUCGGCCAUUGUGGGCAUUGUGUUUCUGGUCUGUUUGACGGGCGUGGUGAUGAUCAUUCGUCUCUAUGCACGGUUAUUCCUUGUCAAAAAGAUUGGCAUUGAUGAUGCAUUGGCGACCUUGACAAUGCUGAUCUACAUCGCAUUCGUUGCCCUGUCCAUCGUCCUCAUCGACCUCGGAAGCGGCCGCCACAUUGAAUACAUCCAAUACGUCCUAUCUAUGACAACUGUGCGCGAAACUGAAGUCCUCGAUUUCGUCGCACACGUUCUCUAUACAACAGCCCUUUUCUUUUGUCGACUUUCCGGUCUCGCCUUUUACUUCCGGCUCACAGCACGCGCCGGCAAACUCCACAUUGCCAUCCUAACAGCUGCGCCGUUCCUCCUUGCCGCCUACCUCCCGCAGCUUUUCCUUUUGAUCUUCCACUGCAAACCUGUUACCGGUCUGUGGCCAUAUGAAUGGCUGAGUGAACCCAUUACCUAUACGUGUCUUCCGUGGGGCUUGGUCUAUUCCGUCAACUCGGGGCUUUCUCUUGCUUGUGACGUGAUGAUGUUCAUCAUCCCCGCCAUCCUCAUCAGGCAGCUUCACGUCUCUAUGGAAAAGAAGAUCAAACUCUCGCUGGUCAUGUUCCCCGGUGUAUUCGUGAUCAUCAUCUCCGCCGUCCGCGUCUGGCUCGUCAUACGAGGCCAAUGGGCCUCCGACGGCAGCUGGGCCUACAAUCCAAUGCUAUGCAUCGAAAACGCCGAGAUCGCAGGAACCUUGAUCGCACUCUCCGUCCCCGCCCUGAAACCCGUCUUUGGAAACCUCUUCUCUCACCUGACAGAGUACACCUCUAGCCAUACGCGAUCGCGAUCUGCAGGUAGAUUGCGCAGCCAUUCCAACCCGGUGAGCGCUUUGGGCUCGAAUGCUCGCGACGACAAGCGGCUGUUAAACUGGUCUAAGCGCGGCCAUGAUGAUUACGAGAUGAUGCCUUCUGAGGUCUCUGUGACGAGAGAUGCGAAUGGGUCGAUUGUUUCGUCUACGGUGCCUGGUAUUAAGGUGACAAAUGAGGUUAAUAUUACAAGGGUGGAUGGGAGGACGCCUUCGCUGGAGAGCUUGUCGCGGCCUUCUUCGCGGGCUGCUUAG